AUGGCAAAGGAAGCAGCCGCAUCACUUGACCUUGAAGCAGCCGCAACGCGCAUUCUGACUGCGACUUCACGGCCAGAACUGACGCAGAGAAGUUCUGGCAGCAGCACCCAGCACCCAUUUGGCGAAGACAAGCCGAUUUAUCUGUCACCCGGCGUCGGGCAUGGUCUUGGGAGUCCGACGGCCCUGGCGAUUGGAGCCUUUGCAACUACUUUGACGACCCUCUCGAUCAGCUUAAUGGAGUGGCGGGGGGUUACCACGACGAAUGUCUACAUUGGAAAUUUCUUCUUCGUCGCAGGCAUAGGCAUGCUCAUCAGCGCCCAGUGGGAGCUGGUGAAGGGGAACUCUUUCGCGUAUACUGUGCUCAGCGCAUUCGGUGGGUCAAAGGCCCUGCACAGUACAUUCUCUGCGGUCGGAUACAUGUACACUGACACUCAGAAAGGCUUGUUCUAUGCCGGCUUUGGAGCCAUCAUCACCCCCGACUUUGGAGUCCUGCAGGCAUACGGAGGCGAUAUUACGCAAUAUAACAAUGCACUCGGGUUUUGGAUGCUCUUAUGGACUGUCUUCAACACUUUUUUCCUCAUUGCAAGCGCACCUAUUAAUGUCGUGUACCUUCUGAUCUUCCUCACCGUGGAGCUUUCGUUUGGGUUAGUGGCUGCAUCUUACUUUGCAACCGCUGAUGGGCAUCACGGUGCUGGCAUCAACCUGAAGAAGGCUGGUGGCGCGUUUGGGUUCGCCUCUGGACUUCUUGGAUACUACACACUCGGCCAUCUGAUGUGUCAGGAAGCGCUAUUCUUCACGUUUCCGAUGGGCGACACCGGUAGAUUUUUCAGGCGCAGAUUGAAGAAGAAUGUUUGA